UUCUCAAAAUAAAAACUAUCAACGUCAUCACCAACUUUACAAAAGAGCCAUUUUUAUGGUUCUUUUUUAAGGAUUCAAGAGCUUUGGGUGUGAUUCUUUAAAGAUAUUAUAUUUUGCAUACAUGUGUAUGUAAAGUUUGUUUGUUGUAUAAAUGUGCCUUUAAUGUCCCUUUCUCUUAACUUCUAGCACUGUUUCUCCACCUUGUUCCAAUUUGUUGGAAAAUAAUUUACAGAUAGAUCACUUAUGGGGUUUGUUGAUAUUUAAGGAGAAAAAACAAGGGGAAACUUUUUUUAGCCCAGGGCUUGAUUUUCGCUCAAAAAAGUUGGGAAUGAAAUUGAAAGUUUUUGCCUUUGAUGAAUCUAGAGACACUGAAGGGUGGUGAAAGGAGGAUUUUUUGCAACUGUAUAGGAUGGAAGCACCUACACCUAAGUCGGUGGCACCCCGGAAAAAGAUUGCAAAACAAUUAACGGGGAAAAGGGAUGACAGUUCCAUGCAUGCAGCAGCUAGAGCUGGAAAUAUUGUUGCAAUAAGAGAGAUUCUUGAAAAGACAGAGGAGGAAGAAUUGGCAGAGUUGAUAAUAAAGCAAAAUUCAGCUGGGGAAACUGCAUUAUAUGUUGCAGCAGAAUAUGGUUAUUAUCAGUCGGUUAGGGAGAUGAUCCAUUACUAUGAUCUUGUUGCUGCUGGAAUAAAAGCGAGGAACGGCUAUGAUGCUUUGCACAUUGCUGCCAAACAAGGAGAUUUAGAUGUGGUGAAGGUAUUAAUGGAAGCACAUCCAGAGCUCUCAAUGACCGUCGAUGUUUCAAAUACUACAGCUUUGCAUACAACAGCAAACCAAGGGCAUAUAGAGGUGGUGAAUUAUCUAUUGGAGGCAGAGAGCAGUUUAGCCACCAUAGCUAAAAGUAAUGGGAAAACGGCGUUGCACUCUGCUGCGAGAAAUGGACAUGUGCAGGUUUUGAAAGCGCUUUUGAGUAAGGAGCCAGGGAUUGCAACUAGAAUGGAUAAAAAGGGACAGACUGCACUUCACAUGGCUGUCAAAGGACAAAAUCUUGAGGUUGUGGAGGAGCUGAUUAGAGCUGAUCCUUCUUUGAUAAAUAUGGUUGACAACAAGGGCAAUACUGCGUUGCAUAUUGCUGCUCGGAAAGGCAGGGAUCAGAUUGUGAAGUUGCUGCUUGUGCAGAAUGAAACAGACACUAGAGUCGUCAAUAGGACCAACGAGACAGUCCUCGACACUGCAGAGAAACUAGGACAGGCUGAAAUAGUAACCAUCUUUCAGGAACAUGGUGUUCAAAGUGCUAGAUCCAUCAAGCCACAGGCAACAAAUCCAGCAAGGGAGUUGAAGCAAACUGUAAGUGACAUAAAACACGGGGUGCACUAUCAAUUAGAAACUACACGCCUAACAAGAAGACGUAUACAAGACAUUGCCAAGCGUGUGUACAAAAUGCAUGCAGAAGGCCUUAACAAUGCAAUCAAUUCUACCACAGUUGUUGCAGUGCUCAUUGCCACAGUAGCCUUUGGUGCAAUCUUUCAAAUCAAUGGCCAAUGGGUCGAUGAUCCGGAUGAUAUCCCACCUGAUCAUUCCCUUGGAGAAGCAAAUAUUGGUCCAAAUCCAGCAUUUCUGGUUUUCUUCGUCUUUGACUCGAUAUCCUUAUUUAUCGCUCUUGCUGUUGUGGUUGUCCAAACAACAAUCGUGGUAAUAGAAAGCAGAGCGAAGAAGAAGAUGAUGUCAAUUAUAAAUAAGCUAAUGUGGGUGGCAUGUUUGUUUGUUUCAGUGGCUUACUUGUCCCUAUCGUACGUUGUUGUUGGCGACGAUAAUUUAUGGAUGCCAAUAUUAGUGUCCAUAAUAGGAGCAAGCAUAAUGGCUACAACUAUUGGAACGAUGUGCUAUUGGGUCGUUAUGAAUCGGAUAAGGUCCUCGAACAAGAGGAGCAUCCGAAGGAACUCUUUGGCCAGCAGGUCGCGGUCCUGGUCAGCAUCAGUCCUCUCAGAUUCAGAUGCUCUAAACAAUGAAUACAAGAAAAUAUAUGCUAUAUAGACAGUUUUCUGGUGAAUCCAGCCCCAUAUUG